AUGUCUGGCAUUCCGCAGGAGGAGCUCCCGAUCCUCGAGGCCCUGAUCAACAUUCGGAAUCGCCUCACCGCGCUCAAGAAGAACAGCUCCGAGUUUAUCCGCUCCCACGAUGUCCAGCAGCUCUACCAGCAGGCCAUCAAGCAAGUGACGAGGCUCAAUGCGGUGCGCGAUGAGCUCCAGGACUCGGCCCAGAGCUCGUCGGCGUCGGGCUCCGCUUCCACCUCGACCACGGCCAGCGAAGGCUCCGGUCAAGUGGCGUCGGAAGGUACCGGCGACGACUCACCCGUGACGCAGACCAACCGCGUCGACACCACGCUCAACGACGUCUUCGCGCUGCUCAGCCUCUUCUUCCUCACCAUCGGCAGGAGCCGCGAGAGCCCGGCCACGUUUUCGCAGCUCAGCUGCAUGAAGCAACUGCUCGACCACCUGUCCGAGUCUGGCAUCUACACCGAGGCAGAUCUGCAGCCGUUUGCGGCUCGCGUCGCCGAGAUGCGCGAGAUCAUCCGCAAGGACGCCGACAGUGGCAAGCAGCCUCCGCAGCUCACCAAGCUGAUGAUGCGCAAGCUUGAGGGAUGCGAAAAGGUGCUCAAGAAGCUCGAGGGCACGCUCAAAGUUCUCUCGGUCGAGCUCGUGCCGUACCACCAGAAGAUCGUCUCGAUCCGUCGGCAGCUGGCGGCGGCCGCGGCCAAGCCCAAGCCGGCCAGGGCGGAGAUCAAGGCCCUGCAGGAGGAGCUGCGGAAGCUCGACUCGAAGCGCGUCGACGGCAAGUUCCUGGGCCCAGGAGGCUCGUCGGUGCCUGCGGGCCAGGCGAUCCUUGUCGGCCUGCUCGAGGAGUGCUUCGAGAUCUGCCAUGACAUCACCGUCCGCAACGACGAGGUGCCCAUGACGCUGCAGCCCAUCUACGACCGGCUCAACGAGAUCAAGUCGAACCUCGAGCACCUCGUCCUCACGCACCGGUGGACGUUGCGCGAGACCGACCUCUGGAACUACCAAGUUACGCUCAAGGAGAUUGACCGGAUGCGUGUCAACGGCAAGUUUGUCGACAGCGAGGGCAAGCAGCCCGAAGGCCAGCUGGUGCUGCUCUACCUCCUGCGCAGGUGUUACGGCCUCAUCUACAUGCUCGUCGCCUCGUCGGAGCCCAUCUCCGAGGAGCUGAUGCCGAUCAGCAACAAGCUCUCGACGGUCUCCAAGUGCCUCAAGGAGGUCAGCAAGUACGGCGGCCCGUUCACGAUGCGCGACCUCUAUCCCUACCGGCUGGCGCUGCACCAGAUCGGCAACAUGCGCAGCCCGGUCAAGGACAAGGACGGCAACGACACCGGAGUCAAAAAGUGGCUCGGCCGCGACGGCAGCGUGCCCGAGGGCCAGGCCAUUCUGCGGGCGCAGUUUGAAGAGGUGGAGCAGAGGAUCGAAGAGAUGCUCAACCGCGAGGAUGAGGAUGACGACGAUGACGACGACGGCGAGUGGGACGGAUCGACGGCAUCCACAGUCAGCCAGAGCGAUACGGACAGCGAGGCGGGGGACAGCGACGGCAGCGCGGAGCCGCCAUCGGCCGACAUGGUGCGGAAUGCGCUGCUCUCGGCCGGCGGGCCGAUGCUGGGCGGCAGCAGCAACGUCUCGGACGCGGCGUUGUCUUCGGCAGCGGCUUCGGCGACGGGUCCGCUGGAGGGGCCGUCGACGACGGACGCGUCUGCGUCGAGCGGGCAGACGAUCCGACCCCACGACGGCUUUGGCAGCGGGUCGCUCGAGGCGACACCAGUGGCUACCACGUUUGCGGCCAGCCAGCACCCGCCGCGGCCGCUCGCAAGCAGCAGGGCGCAGUCCGGAGCGUCCACUGGCGGAUCUGCAGCAGCCUCGCCGGAGCCUCCGACCAUGGUCCGCCAGAGCUCCAAGGCGGGCAAGAACUUCCGGGAGGGCGUCGGCGAGGUGACGGGACUGAGCUCGCGUUCGCCCAUCGUCGGCGCCACGGCCGAUGCGCAUGCCAACGCUACGGGUAGCAGCCUCUCUUCGACGUCGGCGCUGAGUUCGAUUGGCUCUGCGAUGCAGUCCCCCCCAUCGGCGCGGCCCGCCGAUGCAGGGAGCGAGCUUGGCACCAGCGGCAACCCGCUGCCGCCGGGCAUGGCACCGUUGGCGGUCCCCAUGCCUGGCCGCCUCGACGACGAUGCGGCCGAAGGAGGGCCCGCGGUCGGGACCCACGUGGAUGCUCUCAUCUCUGGCAUGGGCUCGACGCUGAUCGAUGACAUGGCCAACAGCAAUUGA